AUGAUCUCUCAAGACGAAGUACUAUGUAUUAUCUACAUGAUCCAGUUUAUAACUGGUGUCCUUGGAAAUAGUUUCCUUUUUUGUAUCUAUAGCUUUAAUUAUGGCACUGGCUACAAGAAAAGAUCCAUAGACCCGAUAAUCAUCCAUUUUGCUCUUGCCAAUAAUUCGUUGCUUUUGUUCAGUGGAAUUCCAGAGAUGAUAAGGGUUUGGAGACAGGAAUAUUUUCUGAAUGACAUUGGGUGCAAAUUCAUAAUUUAUUUCCAAACAGUAUUUAAGGGUCUUUCUCUCUCUAGCACCAGCCUUCUGAGUGUCUUUCAGGCCAUUACCAUCAGUCCCAGCAGCCACUUUUGGAUCGAGGUCAAAGCCAAAGCUCCAAAAUGUGUCUUACCCUGCUGUCUUCUCUGUUGGAUCUUUAAUCUGCUGAUAAAUGUGUUUUUACCUUUCUAUGUGUCAGGUCCAAGAAAUAGCACAAUUCCAGGAAGAAUGAAGUUGGGAUUCUACUCUCUAGACAUAAAUGCCAUGCGUCCUUUAAAACCUGUAAUCUGGAAGUCUCUCUAUGAUUUUAUAUUUGUGGGCAUAAUGGGCUGUAGUAGCAUCUACAUGGUAUUCAUUCUAUAUAGACACCACCAGCAAGUUAAGCACAUUCACCAUACCAGUCUUGGCUCCAGGCCCUCCCCUGAGAUUCAAGCCACCAAAUCCAUUCUGCUGUUAGUGAGCACUUUUGUCUGCUUUAGCACAGCCAGUGGCCCUUUUAUUAUUUAUAUAGAAUACACUCAAGGAAACAUUUCCUGGGCAUAUUAUGUCUCUGUCCUUCUUUCCCUGUCUUUUCAAUCAGUGAGCCCCUUUGUGCUUCUCAGCAGUGACACCCAGAUUCCUAGGUCCUAUUGUGUUCUGUAA